GGGACGUACGACGUUCUGCGGAAGAACUGCAAUUCCUUCACGGACGCGGCGCUCUUCCUGCUCACCGGCGAGAGGCUGCCUGCGCACUACAGCCGAGGCGAGAGGAUCCUGCUGGCGACGGAGCCCAUCUCGAUGAGAAUCGUGCCCCACCUGAUGGCCGCUAGGAGCCUCCUGAUGGGUAACAAUGCCAACGCUGCUGAGGCGGUCUCGAUGUACGAUUGCAACCCUUCUGCCGUAGGCUUCUCGGUGGACCGGGUCAUCAGCUCGUGCCUCUGCGAGCUGCGCCAGAGCCGCGCUUUGUCGGGAAGACGCUCCUCUGUAAACCAGCAGGACCCCUUCGACGCGCAGCGGAGCCGGAGCGCGCAGAAGCGCCGGGAGCGCAGCUCGUGCGCGCUGUGCCCGUGA